GUGUCAGCAACCUCAAGGCCGGACUGGAAGAAGGGCAGUCCGGCAAAGAUCGUGGGAACGGGCCUCCCAGCCAUUGCCGGUGGUGGCCGGCCGAAGACCACGAAUGAGAAAAAGUACUCGCGCAACAUGAAGCCCAGCGUCGCUUCCGCACAGCAAGUAAAAAGUGAAGGGGGCAAGUCGGAGCGCCCAGACGCUCCGCACAGCGCGUGCACGGCGAAUGUCGCGAAGAAUUGGGCCCGCCGUGCCACCGCGAUGGGGGGCUCCUACUCUGAGACGCCAGAGGGUUUGCACAAUCAUGGGGGCAGGGUGACCUCACAAACUCAACCCUCUUGCACAACAUGAUUGAAUUCCAGCGCCAGCUGCCAUCCGCCGCCAACAAUUCGGUAGUAAUCCGUGCACACCAUGCAGGCCCUGCGCGGCGGGGGCCGCAGGAAAGGCAAGCUCAGGCCGUGCGGAGGCGCUCACUCCAGGGGGCGGCGGCAGCACC